AUGGGGUUGCUCACAUUCCCCAAGGUGUAUAACACCUACUUUGUCGCAAUUAUUGCGACAGUCGGUGGCAUGCUGUUUGGCUUCGAUAUCUCUUCGAUGUCAGCUAUCAUCGGCACCAGCCAGUAUAUCGAUUACUUCCACAACCCUCACGGAGUUCGACAGGGUGCGAUUAACUCCGCUCUCGCCGCUGGCUCGGUCGUCGGCUCGCUGAUGGCUGGCCCGAUCUCCGACAAAAUUGGUCGCCGAGACUCGAUCUUCUUUGCGUGUCUAUGGUGGCUGAUCGGAACCGCGGUGCAGGCCGGCGUGAAUGGCUUCGGGUCGCUGAUGGCCGGCCGCAUUUUGAACGGCGUCUGUGUGGGCAUUACAUCCUCGCAAGUGCCCGUGUAUCUGGCGGAAAUCACCAAGAAAGAGAAGCGCGGCUCGAUCAUCGUUAUCCAGCAACUGGCAAUCGAAUGGGGUAUUUUUAUCAUGUUCUUCACUGGCUAUGGCUGCUCCUUCAUUCCGGGAGCUGCGUCGUUCCGUCUUGCCUGGGGGUUGCAGUUUGUUCCAUGUCUCGUGUUAAUGACCGGUCUGCCCUUCUUGCCUCGCUCGCCUCGCUGGCUUGCCAAAGUGGAUCGAACAGAAGAAGCGAUCACGACUCUGGCUCGCAUUCAGGCCAAGGGAAACAUCGAUGAUCCUCUCGUCGUUGCUGAGUGGGAGGAAAUCACCACCGUCUUGGCUGCGGAGCGUGCCGCUGCUCCGGGCUGGCGCAAGUUCUUCCACAACGGAAUGUGGCGACGUACUAUGGCCGGCUUCACGGUCCAGGCGUGGCAGCAGCUCUCGGGUGCGAAUGUCAUGACAUACUAUGUUGUUUAUGUGUUCCAGAUGGCCAACAUGACCGGCAACAUCCUUCUGAUCUCGUCCGGCAUUCAAUACGCCCUCUUCAUUAUUUUCACAUCCAUCAUUUUCUUCUAUAUUGACAAGACCGGUCGUCGCACCCUGUUCAUGUACGGUGCCAUCGGCAUGGCCUUAUGCCAUUUCGUGGUCGGCGGAGUCCUGUCCGCUGGAGAAUAUGUGCCUGAUGGCGUGGAUGGCAAUCUCAAUGUCCUGAUUAGGGUCACCGGAUCCAAGGCCCACACUGUCAUUGCUUUCAGCUACUUUCUGAUCAUUGUCUACGCGCUCACCCUCGCGCCCGUCGCUUGGGUCUACGCAGCAGAAGUUUGGUCUUUGGAAACCCGCGCUGUGGGCAUGAGUAUCUCCGCCGUUGGAAACUGGCUUUUCAACUUUGCUCUCGGUCUCUUCGUUCCACCUGGCUUUGCCAACAUCACCUGGAAACUCUUUAUUGUCUUCGGGGUUCUCUGCAUCGGCGCCGCUGUGCAGGUCUUCUUCACGUACCCUGAAACUUGCGGCAAGACUAUUGAGGAGGUCGAGGAGCUGUUCAGUGACAAUGGGCCGAAGCCGUGGCAUACCAAGCCUGGAAACUCCAAACUGGAUGGUCUCAUCCAAGAAGCCCGCGAGAAGACUCUACACGCCAAGGAUGUUGUCGGAGAGACCGUGCACCACGAGAGUGUGGGUACGGAUGUGUUGUCUAAUCAGACUGUCGAGAAGCCGAUUGCCAACACUCAGGAUGUGUAG